AAGCUAGACCUUAUCACCUGCAGGCAUCGGGCAUCGGAUCCAUGUUUUCAGAAAGACAGGAAUUGCUCAAAAUGUCAGCUAUCACUUUGCUGUUGGUUCUCUCCCUGGCAGCCCUGGGGUCUGCUGUCACCCCCGGGGUGACUACAUUUACCCUCGAGUACGAGAAGACAGAGGACGGCUGUAUCGUAGAUGGAGUUCCGAGAAAGGAGGAUGAAACCUUCACCGUCACAGGAUCCGGCCCCUGCAUCACCUACAGGUGCCGAAAAAGAAAGGUCCGCCUGGUGACAGGAUCCUCAUCAUGCCAAGAUGGCGACACCUGCAACUCUGGAGAGUUCACUUCCGGCUGUAACACGUACACCUGUGCUGUAGCCGGUCAGACGAAGAGGAAUGAUCAACAGGUUAUCGUCACACAGACUGUCGCACUUGUUGGAACAGGUACUGUAUUAUACUCGUCACGUUUAUGUCCUAGAUGAAGAAACUGUUCACUGGAGUUCAAUGCUGGCUAAUCGAGGCGCUGAGGAACAGAAAACUUUCAAUUGUGAAAGUUAUUGACAAUUAGUAGAUGUUCUUUUAAAGGCCAGCAAGUUUGAUAUUAGUCGUUUCGGCUAACUCUAAACGUUAAUGUAUAUCUCACAGUCUAACAGUUACUGGUUACCUUUCGUACACAGAUGCACUGAAUCAGUUUCACACAAGCAACAAAUUUAUACGUCUAAACACAGGCUAAACAUUGCUGAUGAAUCUCAGAGCAUCUCCCCCUUUAAAACAUAUAAAUAACGCUUUCUGUAGUGCAGUGACCUUUUAACUGCAUGAUUAUUAGAAGACAGAAUUGACCUUGUGUAAAACAUGUUUCUGCAGAAGAAACGUUCAAUACAAAAGUUUAUCCUUGAGUGACACCACCUCAUGAUGUCAUUAUUUCCAGUUAUACAGUGUCGUGUGGUUCUAUGAAGGACACAGUUUGUUCUUAAUGAUCGACCUUGGUCUGUUACAGAUCAAUGCUACGUGCGUGGAGGCUGCUACUCUCUCGACACUGAAAUACCGACGUCUGCAGGGACGUGUGUGUGUGCCAGCUCCACCGACAUCACAUGUGAACCCAACUUGCUGGUCGACCCUUCGGUUUAUGGCCAACUAGGUUAACGAGGAGGGUGACCUUUUGACUGCUAGCUUCUCGGUGGUUGACCCUUGCGCUCACGACCCUCACUGCUCUCGAUGAAGUGGUCACUAUAGUUCUCAACACACCUGAGAAGAAUCUGCUGCACCUGAAAUAAAGAUAACCAGUAAUA